GGUGCAACGAGUACAGGUGCGGCGCCGACUAACGGAAAUCUGUCGAAUGACGUUUCAACUGGCCCCGUUAUCGAUACGCGAUAAAACAGUCGACGGUGGACCGAUUUGCGGAUCUAACCUCUGAGCUACGUGGGCACUGGGCUCUUCAGGGCUUUUUUUACUUUAACUAGUCCCGGAGAGAGUGCACGAAACGUCAGAAAUAUGACAACGACAAAUUACUUGGACUUGGACAUAAACAAGCUGUUCGAGCAGCACACCAUUAAAGAGAUCGAGGAGAUUCAGAAGAAGAUUCAACUGGAGAGCGAUAGGAAGAAAAUAGAAUUACGAACUUUAGUUGGGGAAAGAUAUCGAGACUUAAUAUUAGCUGCCGACACAAUUGGAAAAAUGAAAAUAACAUCCGAGAAAGUUACCACAAGAAUUGCUAAUAUAGAGGAUAACUUUAGAGAAUUGCAAAAGAAAUAUCUUAUUGGCUUCAAGACAGAGCCGGUUGAAGACAAGCUGGACAAAAGAGGACAUGUUUUUGACUCUGUUAUCAUACAAAUUAAAAUCUUAAUGGACAUUCCACAAUACAUUUGGACGAGCAUCGAGAAUCAGAAUUUGUUAUUCGCCACACAGUUAUACAUAAUAGCGCAACAUAUAAAUUACAGUCUAAUGUUUGAAGUUGGCAGCGGCGAGCUGUCGCAUAGAUAUCCAAUCGUUUCAAAGCAGUGGGAUGUUAUUAUGCAGUUUAAGGGCAUUAUAUCUAACGAAUGCAAUAAAAUAUUGCAGUCGUUGGAUGUUUCAACUAUAAAUGCUGCAAACUGCUUGGCGUCUCUCGUGUUUUUAAAUGAAUCUUCAUUCGUGGAUCUUUUAGAAAGAUUAAUAUUCACAAGAAGUCAUGCCAUUAAAUCUGUUGUUAAAGGAGAGAGCCAUGACAGUGUCAAAAAUAAACUGAAGUUAUGUAUGAAGAUACUUAUACAAACUAUUCAUUUAAUAUAUUCAUGUUUUAUAAAUGCAGAUAAUGCACCAGGAGGCUUAGUCUUACAGUUUAUAACGGAUAUAAAAGAUCAAGAGGCAUAUUCUUUGCUAUCACAACUGGAUUUAGAUCAAGAUUUACUUGAAGAGUUUUUGCCAUCUGUUACUAAACAUCAUAAACCAUUCGUUCAGGAUAUACCAAAAAGCUUUUCUUUGUCAGCUCUUCAAGAGAGCGUUAAAUUUUGGUUGGAGUGGGUGAAUGAUUUUUCUAAUCACGAAGUCACCAAAUUAUUAGAUUUAAUAGUUUCUAUUAAAGGCCUGUAUAAUGUUCGGGAAGAAGCUAUCAAUGUAAAUCUUCCGGAAAAUUGGAAUUCCAUAUGGGAAGAGCUUUCGUUACCAAGAAUAAGUUUCUGGAUGGAGUUCUUUCAACCUAUUAUAACUAAACGUGCAAAAUGUAUUAUAACGGAUAAAUGGACGGCUACGCUAGCCGAUUUAAAAUCCGAUAUAGUGGAAUUGCUUGAUAAAAUAGCACAUGAUAAAUUCGAAUUUCCGGAACACGAUUUACGGUGGUUUAUUUGGAAAGAUUCUCCCACUGACAUUCCGCAAAAGCUUACAAAGAAUGGUGGAUUAGAUAACAAGAGAUCAUUGCUAAUGAAGGCUAAAGGAUAUUCCCCAAAUGUGAUGAAAUUGUGUGAAAAAUUUGACGAAAGUCUAUGUGCACUAUUGUCCGAUCUUGAGCAUUAUUUAUACGAGACUGAACGAGUAAUAACAAUAAAAGAUAGUUUGCUUUCGGCGAACAUAUCUUUAAUUGCAAAUUCAUUCUCCGAUCGUAAUGAAGUUCAAGAGCAUUUGCAAAUGAUUAGUACCGAAAAGAUCGAAGAUCUUGUACAAUUUAUAAAGAACACGUGCGUCAAUGAUAAACCCAAACAUGGUCAAAGGAAUAUAAAUGCUAUAGUUUUAGCAAGAUUUCUCUUUGCAUUAACUAGUUUGUGUCCGAAUUUAAACAAGUGUUUUACUUUGACGAAAGUAUCAGGGAUUACCAUCACGAAUGUUAAAUGGCAAGCUGUUUGCGAUAAUUUAAAGGAAGAAAGUACUUGCAUGUGGUCCAUUUGGGCUAAUGUAUAUAAAGCUAAAAUAUCUGAACAUAUGAAGAAAUACAUAUUAAGAGAGCCAAUUGAUGGGCUGCGCGUCCAUUGGAUCGUUUCGGAAUGGGAGAAAGUUACCAUCGAAGAAGAAUCUGGAGAGGGAAAACGAAUAAAGUCUGAAAUUUUAAUACCAUAUCAACCAUCGAUACCUUUACAAAAAUUCUUGAUCGCUAUCUGCAAAGAUUUAAAUAAGAUUAUACCGCAUACGCUUCCAAAGAGGGUACUGCAGCAAAUUAUCGAAAACAUCAUUACAGAAUUAUUUAAUUAUUAUCUUAACGCAUCUAAAAAUAUAGACAUUAGACAAAAGCAAGCGUUUCAAGUACUAUACGAUAUAAGAUAUUGUACAUUGCUCAUGGUGCCUCAUGAAAAUAAAAUUCUUAAUGAAUUAUCAAUCAAAACGUGCGAAGCAGUGCUUGCGAAAAUAGAUCCGUUCGAUUAUGAUGUCUUUAAUCCGUUCAUCCAUACCAACGUUAAAAAAUCCGUUCAAAGGUCUUUGUUGAUAUUUGGAAACCUGAUUAGUCAUUUAGAACAAUUACAUUCGACAUUGGGUGCGCGCCAUGAACAUACGGGCAAUGACAAAGUCGAGCCUCCUGCAGUACUAGCUGUUUGUACGGGAGCACCAUGGUUCCCGCCAUUAACUGUAACUGCUCCAACAAGGAAUUUAUCAAUUUUAUCGGUGCCAAUACCUGAUAAAACGCAGCGCAAGAAAGUAACGAAGGAACCUGUAAAAAAUGAUUCUACUAGUGCAAUAAAGUCCGGAGCGGCUGCGUUUUUCGCUAUGGGAUCAGAUUGGUUUGGCAGUAGCAAUUAACUAUUUUUCUUAUUUUAAGAAUAUUGUAAAUAUUAUACAUUGUAAAUAAUAUGUUGGUAAAAAAUAUCUUUUUACUAUCUAUUAUCUGUUUUAUACCAGUUAAAUAAAUUAAUCUAUAAAUAUGUAUUAUAAAAUUUAA